UAAAACAGGAUUGUAUUUAUUUACCCUUUAGAAAUGAACAAUAUUAACGGCCGGUUACGUUUUUGUCACAUUCUGAACAGAAUAAUUUAGCUAAAAGCUACACGCUGUUAGCCUUGUUUUGGUUAGCCCCUUCGCGUUUGUCUGACCUUUCUUUGCCAAAUAAUGACAUCUUGUUGAAAAUAAGCUAAUUUUGGCUGGCUUCAACAAAGAUGAAUCGCCCAAAACCAACAACUCUACGGCGUCCCAGCGCUGCCAAGUCAUCAGGUCACCCCCCACCUGGAGAUUUUAUUGCUCUGGGCUCAAAGAGUCAGGGGGUAGAACCCAAAGCCCCCGCUGUUCUCCUGAAGCCAGCCUCCUCAGGAAUACCUGCAGACCGGAAGAGAGAAGCCUCCUCCACCUUACCCUCCUCAUCGGGUCUGUCCACCCUCACCAAACGACCCAAACUGUCCACCACCCCUCCUGUGAGCGCGCUCAGUCGCCUUGCUGAUGUGGCUGCAGUCGACAAGAGGGCCAUAUCGCCUUCCAUAAAAGAGCCAUCAGUGGUACCGAUUGAAGUGUCUCCAGCUCUUCUUCUAGACGAGAUUGAAGCUUCAGAGUCAGAAGGAAAUGACGAUCGCAUUGAGGGAUUACUUUGUGGAGCAGCGAAGCAGCUAAAGAUGAACAGAGCCAAACCUGAUACAACGCUGUACCUGAGUCUGAUGUUUCUGGCCAAAAUCAAGCCAAAUGUCUUCGCCACUGAAGGGAUCAUUGAGGCUUUGUGCAGCCUCCUGCGGCGUGAUGCUUCCAUCAAUUUCAAGGCGAAAGGCAACAGCCUUGUUUCUGUGUUGGCUUGCAAUCUGCUCAUGGCAGCAUAUGAGGAGGAUGAAAACUGGCCAGAGAUCUUUGUCAAAGUUUACAUUGAGGACUCACUGGGGGAACGAAUCUGGGUGGACAGCUCUCACUGUAAGAAUUUUGUCGACAACAUCCAGACUGCUUUUGGCACCAAGAUGCCUCCGAAGAGUAUGCUGCUGCAGGCUGACACCGGCCGCACUGCAGGGGAUCUCAGUGCAGGGAGCAGCCCUCAUCCAUCCACCCCAGAUGAAGAUGACAGUCAGACUGAGCUGCUAAUAGCAGAAGAGAAACUCAGUCCGGAAGAUGAGGGACAAGUUAUGCCAAGAUAUGAGGAACUGUCAGAAAGUGUGGAGGAUUAUGUCCUCGACGUCCUGAGGGAUCAGUUGAACCGCAGACAGCCGAUGGACAAUGUUUCCCGUAAUCUUCUGCGGCUCCUCACAGCCACAUGCGGCUACAAAGAGGCCCGGCUCAUGGCCGUGCAGAGGCUGGAGAUGUGGCUCCAGAACCCAAAGCUCACUCGACCUGCUCAGGACCUCCUCAUGUCUUUGUGCAUGAACUGCAACACCCACGGAGCGGAUGACAUGGAGGUGAUCUCCAACCUAAUCAAGAUCCGACUCAAACCUAAAGUCCUCCUCAAUCACUACAUGCUGUGUGUCAGGGAGCUUUUGAAUGCUCACAGAGACAACCUGGGCACCAUGGUGAAGCUGGUGAUAUUUAAUGAGCUGUCGAACGCCAGGAACCCCAACAACAUGCAGGUCCUGCACACCGUGCUGCAGCACAGCCCAGAGCAGGCACCAAAGUUCCUGGCCAUGGUUUUCCAGGAUUUGCUGACGAAUAAGGAUGAUUACCUCCGAGCUUCCAGAGCUUUGCUGAGAGAGAUCAUCAAGCAAACGAAGCACGAGAUCAACUUCCAGUCGUUCUGUUUUGGUUUGAUGCAGGAGAGAAAAGAGCCCAGCUAUGUGGAGAUGGAAUUUAAAGAGCGCUUCGUGAUCCAGGUGACGGAUUUACUCACCGUCUCCAUGAUGUUGGGCAUCACUGCUCAAGUCAAGGAAGCUGGGAUUGCGUGGGACAAAGGAGAGAAGAAGAAUCUUGAAGUGCUGAGGUCUUUCCAAAAUCAAAUUGCUGCCAUUCAGAGAGAUGCCGUGUGGUGGCUUCACACGGUGGUUCCAACCAUCAGCAAAGUCAGCGCUAAAGACUACAUUCACUGCCUUCAUAAAGUCCUCUUCACUGAACAGCCUGAGACGUACUAUAAGUGGGACAACUGGCCUCCAGAAAGCGACAGAAAUUUCUUCCUCCGGCUUUGUUCGGAAGUUCCUCUCCUGGAAGACACGCUGAUGCGCAUCCUGGUCAUCGGGCUCUCCCGGGAUUUACCCCUGGGCCCGGCGGACGCCAUGGAGCUUGCGGAUCAUCUGGUCAAGAGAGCCGCUGGAGUUCACUCUGACGACCUCGAGGUCCUGAGAGUGGAGAGGAUCCAGCUCAUUGAUGCAGUGCUGAAUCUGUGUACGUACCACCACCCGGAGAACAUUCAGCUGCCAGCGGGGUACCAACCUCCUAAUUUGGCCAUAUCCACACUCUACUGGAAAGCAUGGCUUCUUCUGCUUGUAGUUGCUGCUUUUAAUCCACAGAAAAUAGGUUUGGCGGCGUGGGAUGGUUAUCCUACUCUAAAGAUGCUAAUGGAAAUGGUUAUGACAAAUAACUAUACAUACCCUCCGUGCACCAUCACUGAUGAAGACACAAAGACAGAGAUGAUCAACAGGGAGCUGCAGAUUUCCCAGAGAGAGAAACAGGAGAUUUUGGCUUUUGAGAGCCAUUUGGCAGCUGCUUCUACCAAACAGACCAUCACGGAGAGCAACAGUCUGCUGCUGUCUCAGCUGACCAGUCUGGACCCACAGGGUCCUCCUCGUCGGCCUCCUCCACAGAUCCAGGAGCAGGUGAAAAGCCUGAACCAGUCUUUGCGUCUGGGCCACCUCCUCUGUCGCAGUCGCAACCCCGACUUUCUUCUUAACAUCAUUCAGAGACAGGCCUCUUCUCAGUCCAUGCCGUGGUUGGCUGACCUGGUGCAGUCCAGCGAGGGCUCCCUGGAUGUGCUGCCAGUGCAGUGCCUGUGUGAGUUUCUGCUCCAUGACGCUGCAGACGACAGCUUUCCAGAGGACGACGAGGAAGGCGAGAGCAAGGAGCAGAAGGCCAAGAAAAGACAGAGACAACAGAAGCAAAGGCAGCUUCUUGGACGGCUGCAGGAUCUUCUGUUGGGCCCAAAGGCAGACGAGCAGACGACGUGCGAGGUUCUGGAUUACUUCCUGCGUCGCCUCAGUUCUUCUCAGGUGGCUUCAAGGGUUCUUGCUAUGAAGGGUUUGGCGUUGGUGUUGACUGAAGGUGGCUUGAAAGAUGGCGAGGAGCGAGAUCAGCCCAUGGAAGAAGAUUCUGCAGAUGCAGAACUUCUACCAGGAUACCAGUGGCUCCUGCAGGACCUCCCGAAGCUGCCUUUAUUUGACAGCGUCAGAGGCAUGACGUCCACCGCCCUGCAGCAGGCUAUUCACAUGGAAACAGACCCACAGACCAUCAGUGCCUAUCUCAUCUACCUCUCCCAGCAUGCACCAGUGGAGGAGCAGGCUGCGCAUAAUGACCUGGCGCUGGACAUCGCUCGCCUCAUAGUGGAGCGUUCCACCAUCAUGAACAGCCUGUUCCCCAAACACUUAGGCAGACCGGAGGCGGACGCCGUUCUGUCUGCGUUCCUCAACAUCUUCUCUGCCUACAUCCGGAGGAUGAGGAAAACCAAAGAGGGGGAGGAUCUGUACAGCUGGUCUGAGUCUCAGGACCAAGUGUUUCUGCGCUGGACUACAGGAGAGACCGCCACCAUGCACAUUCUGGUUGUCCACGCCAUGGUCAUCCUGCUGACUCUUGGACCUCCUAAAGGAGAAAGUGACUUCCCCUCUUUGUUGGACAUUUGGUUUCCCGAUAAGAAACCGCUGCCCACUGCUUUCCUGGUGGACACCUCAGAAGAGGCUCUUCUUCUGCCCGACUGGUUGAAACUGAGGAUGAUCCGCUCAGAAGUUUCUCGUCUGGUUGAUGCAGCUUUGCAAGACCUGGAGCCUCAGCAGCUACUGCUGUUCGUUCAGUCCUUCGGCAUCCCGGUCUCCAGCAUGAGCAAACUACUGCAGUACCUGGAUCAGGCCGUUUCUCACGAUCCACAGUCGCUGGAGCAGAACAUCAUGGACAAACACUAUAUGGCUCAUUUGGUUGAGGUGCAACACGAGCGGGGCGCCACAGGGGGGCACACUUUCCAUCAUCUGCUGAGUUCUUCUCUUCCUGCUCGCAGAGAUUCUUCUGACACCAAUAAGGCUAAAAUUACAGUGGAAACGCCUCACAGCUCCGUGAAGAUGAGAGCUGCCAGUCAGCUUCCUAUAGUCGGACCUGAGGAUGAUCUCACUGGAUUGUUGCUUCAGAUUUUCCCCUUAAAGGUGGACCCUCGCUGGCUCGGUCCUCCUGCCAGUCAGCUCUCCCUGGCUCUGCAGCAAGCUCUGGCCAAAGAACUGAUGCGAGCCAAGCAGGGCCAAGUCCAACAGGGCGGUCUGGCUUUCCGUCUGCUGCAGGCCAUCGCGGCGCUGCUGACAUCCGCCCACGCCGCCCCCAUCGUCCUGUCAAUGCAUCAUAGCCACGCCCUGUCCUGCCCGCUGAUGCGCCAACUUCACCUCUACCAGCGGCUGGUGUCUCAGGAUGUUACUUUCUCCUCGCUGUUCCUCAAAGUCACCGUGGAGAUGUUAAUCUGGUUGGACAAUCCCACAGUGGAGCCAGGCCCACUGAAGAGUCUGCUCAAGUCUUUUGUCAGUCAGAGCUCUCACACACACAGACUUAGCGAUGUGCGGACAGGUUUCCUCCAUCUGGCUGAAGCUCUGGCGUAUCGCAGAGACGCCGAAGUUCCUCUGAGAGCCGUCAUAGUCAUGCUGAAAGCCGGGGAGAGAUGCAACGCCGAGUCUGAGCUGGUUGGUAAAGUGUUACAAGGGUUGAUGGAGGUGAAGUCGCCGUACUUGGAGGAGCUGCUGUCCCUUCUAAUGACUGUCGGCAUGCAGAAUGGGACGGCCGGCCCCGUUGCCAUGGUGAUAUCCCUGCUACUGCAGGAAAGCGAGGAGCGAGCCGUAAAAAAGGAAGUGGAUUUAAAGAGUGGUCUCGAGGUAAUAAAGGCGGGACUGAGCUCCGGGCUGCUGGUUGAUUGGCUGGAGCACCUUGACCCUGAGGUUACCUCCGUGUGCCCCGACCUUCAGCAGAAACUGCUGUUUGCUCUCAACAAGGCCCGAGGCUCUCCAGCCUACAGACCUUAUCUGCUAGCUCUGCUAACCCAUCAGUCAAAUUGGUCCACGCUGCUGCAGUGCAUCAGUGCUCUUCUCGGCAAACACAGAGACUACAAGCUGGAUCCAUCCUCAGCCCUGGACUUCCUGUGGGCGUGCAGCCACAUUCCACGCAUCUGGCAAGGUCGUGAUCAAAAGAUCCCUCAGAAGAAAACGGAGAAGUUUGUGCUUCAGCUCAGCUCAGAGGAGCUCAUCAGCCUGGUGGACCUGAUCCUGUCAGAGUCGGACCUGAACAGCCGCGACGCCCCCCAGCACGGGAAGAGCGCUCUGGAGCAGGCGUCCUGCUCCCUCAUCCAGUCCAGGCUGCCGCUCCUUCACUCCUACUGUAACGGGGCGAUCGAAAACAUCAAGAGAGUGUCAGAGUACCUCAUCAGCUGCAUAAAGAAGUGGGAGGAAAGCACGAUGAGUAAACGCUGCCAGAACCUGCUGCUGCAGAUCUACCUGCACUUUCCGGAGGUCAUCCAGCACGUCUCCCUGCCUGAGGAUACGUUCAGCAGUGGGGGGGCCGCGGACGGCAGCAGCUGCAAGCUUGACGUCCUGGUCCACCGCCUGGUCUCACUGCUGGCAGACGUGGGAGACUCCAAGUCUGCGGAGAGCCGCGUGUCUGAUGCCAACCUGGCCUGCAGGAAACUGGCUGUUUCACAUCCUGUUCUUUUACUCAGGCACCUUCCCAUGAUCGCAGGACUUCUGCACGGGCGCGUUCACCUAAACGUGCACGAGUUUCGGCAGCAGAACCACAUGACGUUCUUCUGCAACGUCCUCGACAUCCUGAAGCUGCUGCAGCCGCUCGUUUUUCACAGUGACCACCAGAGGGCGCUUCAGGACUGCCUCUUGUCUUUUAUGAAGGUCCUGCAGAACUUUCAGAGGACUCGUUGCCCUUUGGUCUUCAUUAACAAAUUUCUUCAGUUCACACAAAACUACAUAACUCACGACGCAGCAGCGGCCAUUCCCUUCCUGCAGAAACACUCAGCUGUUUUACAGAGUUUGUGUGCAGAAAAUCCAGACCUUGUGCAGCUGAAAUCUCUGCUGGCUGGACUCACGUUACCAUUGAAAAGCUCCUCCGCAGAAGUCGCAGCAGAAGACAGAGACGAUGAUUUGUCCACUGGAUCUCUACCGCUGGUCAGCAUAUCAGCUUCAUUCUCUCUGAGCGCUGCAGACAUGACCAUGUACACCAAGAAGAUGUCCAAAGGAGAAGCAGUGGAGGAUGUGCUGGAAGUGUUGACAGAAGUAGAUGAGAAAUCGAGGAGAAACCCUGAAAUCAUCCAGUACUUCACUAGCGAGCUGCAGAGACUCAUGACCUCGUCUGAGGAGCUGUGUCGGAACAUGGCCUUCAGUCUGGCCCUGCGCUGCAUCCAGAACAACCCCUGUCUAGCCACAGACUUCCUGCCAACGUUCAUGUACUGCAUGGGCAGCGGGAACUUCGACGUGGUGCAGACUGCUUUGAGGAAUCUUCCGGAGUACGUUCUUCUCUGCCAGGAGCACGCCAACAUCCUGCUCCACAAAGCCUUUCUGGUGGGAAUCUACGGGCAGAUCGACACCAGUUCAAUGAUCUCCGAGUCCAUGAAGGUUCUUCACAUGGAGGCAACAACAUAACCUUUCAUUUGUCCGAUUUUUCUCUCCAUUCCAGUACUUUUCAUUCAUACAGUGCUCCGUUUUGACCAUCAUAGUUAAGUGACUUUGUUAAAUCUGAAAAACAUUGUGUCUCAGUUUGGUGCAAUAAAAAAAAAAUCACCAACAAUUUUGAAAAAUAUGAGAUAAAAACAGACAAAUAGAUUGUUAACUGUGUCUAACAAAUUGUUUCAAUAAAGUUUUUUCAGUCUAAAAAAA